AUGGCUCCCAAGGCAGCAGAGAAGAAACCAGCCGAGAAAAAACCAGCCGAAAAAUCCCCAGCCGAGAAACGCCCCAAGGCGGAGAAGAAGAUCUCAAAGGAAGGAGGAAGCGACAAGAAGAAGAAGAAAUCGAAGAAGAGCGUGGAGACCUACAAGAUCUACAUCUUCAAGGUCCUGAAACAGGUCCAUCCCGAUAUCGGAAUCUCGGGGAAAGCCAUGGGGAUCAUGAACAGUUUCAUCAACGACAUCUUCGAGAAACUCGCUCAGGAAUCUUCCAAGCUCGCGAGGUAUAACAAGAAACCGACGAUCACGUCGAGGGAGAUCCAGACGGCGGUUAGGCUCGUGUUGCCUGGAGAGCUCGCAAAGCACGCCGUUUCUGAAGGGACUAAGGCCGUUACCAAAUUCACAAGCACUUAG